CGACGUACACACCGACGCCUAACUACAUCGUUAGUGCUAUUAGUACCCCUGGAGCGUCGGGGUAUCAUUAGAUUUGCUCCUGCAUGGUGCCCGCACAGUUACCUUUCGAUUCGGGACCCGCUGUUUGCAUUGUUCAGGUUUUCACUUUCAAGUUUGGUCGUAAAGAAGACUUGGCCUCUUCGACGAAUGCCGUCACAAGUACUACCAUGCCGGAAGGUAAUUACGAGGCGUUGCGAAUUUCGGCGGAAUCCAGACCAGCGACGACGCGGCGUAUGCACUAAAUCAACCGAAAGUCUGCAGACGUCGAGGAAGACGAGCUGGAGUUCCACCGCGACGUGAAGGAGGACCUCUUGACGAACGACGUCAUCCUCAUACCACCCGUAUAUCCUCCUCCGGGCAAAUCGAGACAGACACGUAUGAUCCGCGUCGAGGAUCUCGCUACUCGGGACUCGGGUAUGGGGCCGGAGUAACCCCAAAUGUUACCCUAGCCUCCGGUUGGUUCAGCCUACCGGUUCUUCCAAACGCGGCGCGACCUUUCUCGCCGUAUUCACAGGGGGAAAAAUGGAUAGAACUGGUUACGAUUUACAAGACACCAGCUACUCGGCGUAUCAUCCGGCGCUUCACGGUGUCGGGGAUGAUUCUUUUGUGCGGAGAAAGCAGCGGAGAAACAGGACGACGUUCACUCUGCAACAGCUGGAGGAGCUGGAGUCGGCCUUUGCCCAGACGCAUUAUCCGGACGUCUUCACACGCGAGGAUCUCGCGAUGAAGAUUAACCUGACGGAAGCCAGGGUCCAGGUCUGGUUCCAGAACCGACGGGCAAAAUGGCGGAAGAGCGAGCGGCUGAAGGAAGAGCAGAGAAAGCGGGAAGGCGGCUCGGAUCCCGGGCUGCCACCACGGCCCACCAGCCACGAGCCCGACGCGGCGAGCGCCGAGGGCGAGGACGUCGGUCCGGACGGAGGCUCGAGGAGUCCGAGCACCACCUCGGCGUCGGUCAGCCCGAGGCCCCAGCAGCCCCAGAGUCAGUCGUCCGUAGGGGGCGCCGCGACGCCGCCGCCGACGCCGACGUCGAUCAGGGCGCAGCCCGCGCCCCCCAGCACCGUCGGCACCGUCGGGGUCCUCGGACCCCCGACUGAGAGUUUCCCCUUGUCUCUGUUUUUCAGUAACCUAGGAUCAGCCGCCGGUUUCAGGCCGGUCGAACCACCCCCGUCAUUAUUUUUCCCACCACACUUGGCGGCCCAAUUUUCACCGCCGUUGUUCGGUACGAAAAUCGGCAGCACUCCGACCUCCUUGUCAUCCGGUACCCCGUCUUUGUGGAGUAGCGGCGAUCACCGGCCAGGCAGCCUUCAGGACAUGCUAUCGUGGUCCCCGGCCGGGUGGCCGGCCUCUUUGUGCGGAUGCUGCAAGCCCGGAAGCAACGAUCUCCACAGGAGCAGCAGCCUGGCCGAGCUGAGAAGGAAGGCCCAGGAACACUCGACCGCCUCCGCGCUUUUGGGGGGCCUCGCCGGGUUCCCGGGCGGACUCCCCUUACCGUUGCCUUUGCCCCUCCUGCCCCCGUUGCUGGGUCUCUCAAGACGACCGGAACACCAUCACCUACCCUCGGUCGUUCACCAAAUACAACCGUCGACCAAAGAAGAUCCGUAGAUCGUAGACCCACCGCCGAAUCCCACGAUUUCCCACGAUUUGUACGCGGGAUGCACUGUACAGUGAUAACUUUCUCCGUAAACCAAUUAUGAAUCGCGUGAGAACGAAAGAAUUUAACAUCCCGUCGCGAAAAAUGAUCGCGUUCACGAUUUUAUAAUAUUUUGAAAGAGAAAAAAACGUCUCGAUUUUCGUAAAGAAAUUUCAAUGUGAUUUUUAUACAUUAUCAUGUACAAUUUCAGAGACGGACAAUAUUGUAUAUAUUGAUUUGUUUUUCAACGAUGUUUCUCUCUUUCAACGAAAAUUCAACGCAAUUAGAAGGUUUGCAUUAACCGAUCGACUAUAUAUAUGUAUAGCGAAGAAAUAAUUCCAAUUUGGCAAAUAUGAAUCAUUCGGUGAUACUUGCCAACCUUUUUUGUCGAUGAUCGUGCGUACAGUACCCAUCCGAAAAAAAAUUGCAAAGUUACAAACAAUACGAUUGAAACCUCGCAUAGGUUCGUAUAACGAAUAGAAACGUGAUAGUAACAUGUAGAGAUACAUAAGAAAUAUUAAUAUAAUAGUUAUAAUAAUAAUAAUAAUAAUAAUAAUAAUAAUAACACUAAUAGAAACGAUUAUGAUAGUAUAUCGAUGUUGACAACGGAGUCGAUCGCCGUUCGAAAUUGUAUUAAUUUCUCCGCAAGAACGAAGUGAGAUUAAUCGAAAUGAGAUUCAAUAUAAUCAAAGUUAAAUAUAUAAUACUAUACUUCACUGCCCGGAGGCACGGCGCACGUAUCGUAAACAACCAAUAUAGCAUAGCCGCCAAAGAUUGUAGGAAAUCUACACACGUAUAAACCUGUAUAUUGUAUUACUGUAUUCGUAAAUGCAUAAAGUUAAGAAUAACUCAAUAAUAUAUAUUUAAAACAAAAUAUAUUAAAAUAUAUGAAUAUAGGCAGUGAUAUUAUAGCUGAUUAUUAAGGUAGUUGUGUUGAAUAAACUUGUUCUCGUGAUAAA